GGCUCAUAAAAACUCUCAGAACAUGACGGAGAUUGAAGCUAAAGUUAGCUAUGUGAAGCUAGCUCGCUCUCUGCAAACAUAUGGAGUUUCUUUCUUCCUGGUCAAGGAGAAGAUGAAGGGUAAGAACAAGCUGGUCCCUCGCCUCCUCGGCAUCACUAAGGAGUGUGUGAUGCGAGUGGACGAGAAGACGAAGGAGGUGAUCCAGGAGUGGAACCUGACCAACAUCAAACGCUGGGCCGCCUCGCCCAAGAGCUUCACGCUGGACUUCGGAGACUAUCAGGACGGUUAUUAUUCAGUUCAGACAACAGAAGGAGAACAGAUCGCUCAGCUGAUCGCUGGAUACAUCGACAUCAUCCUCAAAAAGAAAAAGAGUAAGGAUCAUUUUGGUCUGGAAGGAGACGAGGAGUCGACGAUGCUUGAAGAUUCUGUGUCUCCUAAAAAGUCGACGGUGUUACAGCAGCAGUUUAACCGGGUGGGGAAGGUGGAGACGGGUUCUGUGGCUCUGCCCGCCAUCAUGAGGUCCGGAGCCGGAGGUCCAGAGAGCUUCCAGAUGGGAUCCAUGCCACAGGCCAAACAACACAUCACGAGUGGACAGAUGCACCGAGGACACAUGCCCCCCCUGACGUCGGCCCAGCAGGCUCUCACUGGAACCAUUAACUCCAGUAUGAACGCCGUUCAGGCGGCUCAGGCGUCUCUGGACGACUUUGACACCCUGCCCCCGCUGGGAACAGACGCCGCUUCUCAAGCGUGGCGUAAAAACAAGAUGGACGAGUCCAAACAUGAGAUCCACUCUCAGGUGGACGCCAUCACAGCAGGCACCGCCUCCAUGGUCAACCUCACUGCAGGUGACCCUGCAGAGACGGACUACACGGCGGUGGGCUGUGCCGUCACGACCAUCUCGUCUAACCUGACUGAGAUGUCAAAGGGCGUGAAGCUGUUGGCCGCUCUGAUGGACGAUGAAGGAGGAAACGGUCAGCAGCUGCUCGGCGCCGCCAAGAACCUGGCGUGUGCUGUUUCUGACAUGUUAAAGACGGCGCAGCCCGCCAACACUGAGCCUCGUCAGAUUCUGCUGCAGGCCGCAGGAAACGUGGGUCAGGCGAGCGGAGAGCUGCUGUCUCACAUCGGAGAGACCGACACUGACCCUCAGUUCCAGUUUGUAGGUGGAGAAUCAGUCAGAGGGAACAGGUGGGGAGUCAGCUCCAACUCUCACAUGACGGACAUGCUAAUGCAGCUAGCUAAAGCAGUGGCUAACGCGGCAGCGGCGCUGGUGCUGAAGGCGAAGAACGUGGCUCAGAAGAGCGAAGACUCCGCCCAGCAGAACAGAGUCAUCGCUGCAGCCACUCAGUGUGCUCUGUCCACGUCUCAGCUGGUUGCCUGCACUCGGGUGGUCGCUCCCACCAUCAGCUCGCCGGUGUGUCAGGAGCAGCUCAUUGAAGCGGGGAAGCUUGUGGCUAAAUCAGUGGAAGGCUGUGUGGAGGCGUCCCAGGGAGCAACCAAUGAUGAGGGGCUCCUGAAGCAGGUGGGCGUGGCCGCCACAGGUGUGACUCAUGCGCUGAACGAGCUGCUGCAGCACAUUAAACAGUACGCCAGCGGCGGACAUCCGAUUGGACGACAUGGAGAAGCCACAGACCGAAUCUUAGACGUCACCGAGAAUAUCUUCAGCUCCAUGGGAGACGCAGGUGAAAUGGUGCGUCAGGCUCGUAUCCUCGCCCAGGCCACUUCUGAUCUGGUCAACGCCAUCAAGAUGGACGCCGAAGGAGAGUCUGACCUGGAGAACUCCAGGAAGCUGCUGUCAGCUGCCAAACUGCUCGCCGACGCAACGGCCAAGAUGGUGGAGGCAGCAAAGGGAGCUGCAGCGAACCCUGAUAGUGAGGAGCAGCAGCAGAAGCUGAGAGAAGCAGCUGAAGGUCUCCGUAUGGCCACCAACGCCGCCGCCCAGAACGCCAUCAAAAAACGACUUGUGAACAAGCUGGAGAACGCAGCCAAACAGGCGGCAGCAGCAGCGACUCAGACGAUCGCUGCAGCUCAACAAGCAGCUUCAUCCACAAAGAACCAGGCAGCACAGCAACAGCUGGUGCAGAGCUGCAAGGUGGUGGCGGAGCAGAUCCCUCAGCUGGUCCAGGGCGUCAGAGGCAGUCAGUCUCAGCCCGACAGUCCCAGUGCUCAGCUCGCUCUCAUCAGCGCCUCACAGAACUUCCUGCAGCCUGGAGCUAAGAUGGUCACGGCCUCUAAGGCCACUGUUCCCACCAUCGGUGACCAGGCUUCAGCCAUGCAGCUCAGUCAGUGUGCUAAGAAUCUGGCCAGCGCUCUGGCUGAACUCCGUACUGCUGCACAGAAGGCUCAGGAGGCCUGCGGCCCGUUGGAGAUCGAUAACGCUCUGUCGACAGUCAGAGAUCUGGAGAGAGACCUGCAGGACGCCAAAGCUUCAGCUGAGGAGGGAAAACUGAAACCACUUCCUGGAGAGACAAUGGAGAGGUGCUCUCAGGAUUUGGGUUCGAGCACUAAAGCUGUGAGCUCGGCCGUCGCUCAGCUGCUGAGUGAGGUCACGCAGGGCAACGAGAACUACACAGGUAUGGCAGCUCGAGACGUGGCUCAGGCUCUGAAGUCGUUGGCGUCAGCAGCUAGAGGGGUCGCCGCUAAUACGGACGACUCUCCGGCUCGGACCGCCAUGUUGGACUGCGCCCGAGACGUCAUGGACAAAUCAGCCAAUCUGAUCGAAGAAACAAAGAGAGCCGUCGCCAAACCAGGAGACGCCGAGAGUCAGCAGAGGCUCGCUCAG